AUGCCAUGCCUCUGCACGUUCAAUAUAUUACGCUCAUUCAUAGUUACCAUAACAGAACUAAACCCCAACGUAGCUGCGACUAGUAUUCGAGUUCCAACCUCUAAGCCCUCACGCGCUUUAGCGCGAAUAUCACAUCCAGGAAUAAACUUUCUUCACACAUCUACUAAGAAACACUUUGAGUCCCGCCCAGCAGCGUAUCAGAAAAAGACUGGCAUCUCUGUAGUAGAUGAUCAAGAGAGAGAUGAGAAUGUACGCUCAUGUACUUCCUCCACGAUUAUCAACGACUCAAUUGUCGACUUUUCGGCUGAUAAUAUCGAACAACUUAUCGCUGAAAUAGAAAAAGACAAAAAUUCAAAAAGGAGUAUGCAAACGAUGCAACCGAUAAUCUAUGACCCACUUAACCAAAAAAGUAGCUCUGGCCUCGAUAAGCAAGUAAACACGCCUAUGAGAGAUCUCAUGCGGGAUAUUCCCAAAAAGAAACAAAUUAGCCCUGAUUUGAAACCAAGGCUCACUCGAUAUAAUGAAACAUACCACCCUGCAAAUAUAAAGAUAUCAACCCAAAAUGAAGUCCUUAAAGACGAAUGGACGUCGCUACCCCGUGAGCCAUGGAUGAAAGAAAAGGAGAGAAUCAAGCAGAAAUACCCAGAUGGAUAUCAACCGCUCAAGAGACUUUCACCAGAUGCGAUUGAAGGGAUUAGAGCUCUUCAUGCUCAAAUGCCAGAACGUUUCACAACUGCUGUACUUGCGAAUGAAUUCAAAGUUUCCCCAGAAGCCAUCCGACGUAUUCUCAAAUCAAAGUGGAGACCUAAUAUUGAUGAAGCCAUGGACCGAGAGGCAAGAUGGUUUCGUCGGGGUAAACAAGUUUGGUCUCGUUGGGCUGAGCUCGGAGCUACUCCGCCAUCGAAGUACAGGCGUCAAGGGAUUGGUGAGAAACCACCGUUGAAUCGCUAUCAGCCAGAUCCUCUACCAGAGCUUAUAACGACUGCUACACGAAGUAGAGCUCCCAAGAAUUCAGAGCCAGGCUUUGACUCAAGUGAAGGUGGUAUUUUAUAA